CGCGCAGCAGGUCGCCAGACCAAGCGCACUUCUCCAGUCAGUCCGGCGGCCGAGCGCUCUCAGAGGGACCCCCAUGCAGGUGGACAAAGUUUCCGACACUCCUCUGGAGUUUAUUGUUGAAUACCUGCUGAAGGCCAAAGAGAUAGCAGACAGAAAUGCCAGUGUUCCUGAGGAGCUACGCUGCAAUCUUCAAAAGGCUCUGGACAUUGCCAGUGGACUGGACAUGUACCUAGAACGAAUGAGCAGCCCUGAGAGUGAACCGUUAGCCGAGUUAUUCAAGAAAACUGUUUCUCAUGAAUGGAAUAAAGUGUAUGAAGAUGGGAAAACCAUGUUUAGACUUCCCAAGGAGUGCAUUACUGGGCACGUUGAAGGACAGUUUUUGAAAAUGCUGGUCCACAUGAGUAAGGCCAGAAAGGUCUUGGAGAUCGGAAUGUUCACGGGUUAUGGAGCUCUGUCCAUGGCUGAGGCUUUACCAGAGGAUGGACAGCUCAUCGCCUGUGAGAUAGAGCCGUAUCUGAAGGAUUUCGUCCAGCCCGUAUUCGACAAAUCCCCACACGGCAAGAAAAUAACUGUGAAGGUUGGAUCAGCCAUGGAGUCGUUAAAGGAGUUUGCCAGGGCAGGUGAGCAGUUUGACAUGGUGUUCAUUGACGCAGACAAAAACAACUACCUCAGCUACUACACGUUCUUGCUGGACAACAACCUGCUGCGCAUGGACGGAGUGCUGUGUGUGGACAACGCCCUGUUUAAAGGGACAGUUUACCUGAAUGACACAACAGACCAGAAUGGACUGACACUGAGAGAGUUCAACCAGUUUGUUGCCAGCGACCCACGAGUAGAGCAGGUUGUGAUUCCGCUGAGGGAUGGUGUCACGAUUAUCCGAAGAGUUCCUUACUCCCCAGAGAUGGACGCGCAGAACACAGUGACCUAUGAUGAAGUGUUCCGAGGUGUGCAGGGGAAGACGAUCCUGUCCAGGCUGCGUUUGGAUGGAAAGGUGGCCUACGUGACGGGUGCAGGUCAGGGGAUCGGCAGAGCCUUUGCUCACGCUCUGGGGGAGGCUGGAGCCAAAGUGGCUAUCGUAGACAUGGACAAAGGCAAGGCAGAGAGAGUGACCCAGGAACUCGGUCUGAAAGGGAUUUCAAGCAUGGCACUGGCUGCAGACAUCAGCAAGCCAGAGGAUGUUGAAAAGAUGAUUGACAGCAUUAUCUCUAAGUGGGGUGCGGUUCACAUCGCCUGCAACAACGCAGGUAUCAACAUGAACUCCGCAAGCGAAGACACCAGCCUCAGUGAAUGGGACCAAACCUUUAAUGUUAAUCUCAGAGGAGCAUUCAUGUGUUGCCAGGCAGCCGGGCGUGUCAUGCUGAAGCAAGGCUAUGGCAAGAUAAUCAACACCGCCUCCAUGGCCAGUUUAAUAGUACCUCACCCUCAGAAACAGCUGGCCUACAACACCUCUAAAGCCGGAGUGGUGAAACUCACCCAAACCUUGGGGACUGAGUGGAUCGACCGAGGGGUUCGAGUCAACUGCAUCUCACCGGGGAUAGUUGACACCCCUCUCAUCCACUCGGAGAGUCUGGAGCCCCUGCUUCAGCGCUGGCUGUCAGACAUCCCAGCCGGACGGCUGGCUCAAGUGACAGACCUGCAAGCGGCAGUGGUCUACUUGGCAUCUGAAGCCUCAGACUACAUGACAGGGCAUAACUUAGUCAUAGAGGGUGGGCAAAGUCUGUGGUAGAGAAACUUUGGCUUUCACUGACUGAGAUCAGAAGGGGAAAAACAAAGCUUGUCCUUUCUCCACAGAGCAAUUCGGAGAGGUUCCCUUUGUAUGUACUGUUUGAUGAUAUUCAGUGUUGGGUAUUACUGGACUACAUAUAAUCUGGAUUCCAUGAUCUCAUUUCAAAAAUUAAAUAGAGUUGGAUACUUAA